GUGCCGUUCGGGUGCACCAAAUAAAAGAGUCUGGCCAAGCCAUCGAAGGCAGGCAGGUUGACGAUCCUUCAUUGUUCUCGAUCUCCUUCUUCUCUCCUUCAAGUGCCUGUUGGUUUCGGAUACUUGGAUUCCACUGAGUCCACUCUACGACAUCAUCCUCCAGCAAUUCCGUCUCAGAUCAGCCGGCGACACCGACUUGCUCCCAUUACCACGAGCAACGGAGUGUCCACAUAAAGCGAGCUCAACCCUUGCCGUGGUUUCGGAGCUGAAGGAAGAACGGCCAGUCCAAGAGCGGGAUACAUACACCAACACCAAGAAAGACGUCACAAUGGCUGCAGUAAACGGGACUGGGCCGGUCGAGACGGAGAAGGUCAAUACCCACAUUAUCACCCUCACCCGCUUCUUGACCGAGGAGCAAGUAAAACACAAGGAGGCUACCGGUGACUUUACCCUCCUGUGCCAUGCGCUCCAAUUCUCGUUCAAGCAGAUUGCCUACUACAUCCGGCGGGCGACGCUAGUCAAUCUGACGGGCUUGGCCGGCUCGUCCAACACGACGGGCGACGAGCAGAAAAAGCUCGACGUCAUCUCCAACGACCUGUUCAUCGAGGCGAUGCGGUCGAGCGGCAAGUGCGCGCUGCUCGUGUCGGAGGAGGAGGAGGACAUCAUCUUCUUCAAGGACAGCACGCAGGCGCGCUACGCCGUGGCCUGCGACCCCAUCGACGGCAGCUCCAACCUGGACGCGGGCGUGUCGGUUGGCACCAUCUUUGGCAUCCACAAGCUGGCCGAGGGGUCUACGGGCACCAAGGAGGACAUCCUCAAGCCCGGCACCGAGCUCGUAGCGGCAGGCUUCACCAUGUACGGCGCGUCGGCGCAGCUCGUCAUCACCAUGAAGGGCGGCAGCGUCAACGGCUUCACACUCGACAACGGCCUGGGCGAGUUUAUCCUCACACACCCGGACAUGCGCCUGCCUCGCCGCCGCGCCAUCUACUCGGUCAACGAGGGCAACUCGCUCUACUGGGAGGACCACGUCAAGGCCUACUUCAACUCGCUUAAGGAGGCGCCCGACGGCGGCAAGCCGUACAGCGCGCGCUACAUCGGCUCCAUGGUCGCUGACGCCUACCGGACCCUGCUGUACGGCGGCAUCUUUGCCUACCCCGCCGACAAGAAGAGCCCCAAGGGCAAGCUGCGCAUCCUGUACGAGUGCGCACCCAUGGCCAUGGUUUUUGAGAAUGCGGGUGGACAGGCCGUUAACAGCAAGAUGGAGAGGAUGCUGGAAGUGGUGCCCGAGCACAUCCAUGACAAGUCGGGCAUCUUUAUGGGCAGCUAUGAGGAGGUCGAGAAGGUGAAGGCGUUCCACAAGUGAGUCGGGAGGCUUGUGUCAUGCGUUGUUUGACCGUUUUGGAUACCUUGCCUUGGAUAUACGGUAUGAUGCCGAACUUUGGCCGCAGUACCGGAGUUGCUGAGUUUUGACGCCACGCUAGUGGCCAGAAAUUAUCUCUGAAACAGCUUCCAAAAUAAUGGAGAAGUCGCGAUGUCUGUACGAUGCCUAGGUCACAUGUGCCAGGCUCAAAGUCGAAGAAAAGUCGUCCCAUUCAAGUCCCAGAAUGUUGGGCGGGGAGGGAAAGAAAUGCAAACGACCGCGACUUAGCCCCGCAGCUAUCCCAAACAUGUGAAUGCGCUGAGAAACGCACCCCGGGAACCGCUAAGCCACAUCCGGCAAUGCCUCGGCCGUUUC